UGCUCAUGCUCUGUCUCUCUCUCCCUCAAAAAGUAAAUAUACAUUAAAAUAUUAAAAAAAAGAAAGGGAACAUUUACUCUUAAAAUGCACAAAACAGAUGGGACACCAAUUUAUUCUAGCCCCAACAGUGUGUCCAAAAAUCACUAUCAAUAUCAAUCACUAUCAAAAAACUAUCACUGUCAGUACUAUCAAAUGUCAUCAAAUACUAUCAAUAUAUUGUUAUUUUCUGCUGAAGAAUGAGGGCUGUUUUGUAUUUAUUGCUUAAUUUACUUAAUGUUGAAAGGAAUAUGCUAUUACUGUAAACCUGAGAAAAAGAAUGAAAUGUCUGCCCUUCCUCCAAUGCCAUCAAAUGAUGCUGUUUGGAAAAAUUUCCCAGCAGUUGUGUGGCUUAAAGAAACUCCCAUGGUCAUGUGACUGCAGAUACUUCUGGGGCUGGUUGAAUGCAGUGUUUCAUAAAGUGGAUUAUAAACGCAUCAGGGAUGUGGGACCCGAUAGGGCAGCAUCGGAGCGGCUGCUGCACUGUGGGGCCAUGGUGCGCUACCACGGCCAGGAGAGGCGGCAGAAGGACUACAACCGCCUCCCCACAGGACCUCUGGACAAGUACAAGAUUCAGGCAAUUGAUGCCACUGACUCUUGUAUCAUGAGCAUUGGAUUUGAUUACAUGGAGGGCCUACACCAUGUUGAAAAAAUAAGGCUACGCAAGUGUCAUUAUAUCAAGGAUGACUAUUUGGAGAAACUUGGUAAACUUGAAAAUUUACAAAAGAGCGUAUUGGAAAUGGAAAUAAUUUCAUGUGGGAAUGUCACAGACAAAGGCAUCAUUGCUUUAUAUCACUCAAGAAACCUGAAAUAUUUAUUGUUAGGUGAUCUUCCUGGAGUAAGAAAAAAAGAAAACCUUAUCCGAGCCUUUAAGACAGCACUGCCUUCUCUGGAACUAAAAUUAGACUUGAAGUAAAAUAAUCAUAUUCAAGAAGUAUCGUAUUUCAACAUAAAGUAUCAUUUGAAAUUGUUGAUCCUAAACAUCAUAAAUAUUCUAUAAUCAUCAACAGACCCUAAGGAUAUCCAAUCAUGACAUUACAGAAGCAGAGUCCAUCAUGUAGAAAAUAAAUAUUCAGACAUGACUCACUGAAGUUACUAAGUUGGAAGUAAAAAUAUAUGUACAUUAUUAAAUCCUUCUAGGAAAAAUGGAAACAAGGUAGCAGUUUAAUUCUAAUAUGUUCCUCAUUUUAUAUAGAAAUCAGUACAGUAUGUAGAUACUGACAGAGUUCUUUAAAGUGAUUUAAAUGUGCA